AGUUGUUUACACAAACAUUUCUUGUAUCAAACGGGCAGAUUUGAUAUUUCUUUUUAAUUCAAAGCAAUUUGAAAUUUAAGUUACACCGUAGUUCCAACGAGGAAAUAACAUCCUAUGGUAUGAUGGUGUUUUACCAAACUCAAGCGUCAAAACGUGAUGAUACGCAUGAUAAAUUGCAAAUCAGCCAAAACACUGUACGAAUUGUACGUGUUUCGUAUAGAAGGACAAACCACUGACAACCUCAGCUGGUCUAUUCCACACAGUACAUCACAUCGUGCUUAAAAGAUAUACCGUAUGUGAUCUUCACAGCGAGUUUCUCCCACAACCAAGGUUUCGACGUGAAUUCCUUUGAUUUUUCGACGGCUGUGUGAAGGAAAGAUGUUUUCCCAAACGAUAUUCACGCCGUUUGUUGGGUUAUUGAUCCUGGUCGUUGCCGUGUUAGAAGGAGAAAGUUCUGCAGAUACAAACACCACCAACGCAAAUGAAUGUGUUCCCGCGGCGGCGGGUAUUGGGAGCAAGCAGUCAGCAGCCUUCGAUGGGCCACUUUGUAGACCCUACCAACGUUUGUUUCCGAACGGUUACUGCAAACACAUUCUUGGUUAUCAAAACGUCUACGCAAGAGAUUUUUCCGAGAAUGAACAAAAACUGUUACAAUAUCAGAUAGCGAAGAACUUUGUUUUGCGGACUCGAAAUUCAACUGGCAACAUUAAGGGACAAAAAUACAUCGACAACUCUUACAAUGUACGUCAGAGCUGUCUGGAUCUAGUGGACGAUGUGUACUGCCAUCACUACUUUAAACGUUGCUUCAUGGAUUCUAGUCCUCCAUUUGUGUGCAAAGAAGCGUGCACGCAUAUGUUUUAUCACGAUUGUGAUCGAGAAUUUAAGAUUGUGAAAACGUUCAUGGAGGAAAGAAAGAAUACAUUUUACCCGUUCUACUUUGAUAUCAUAAAUUGUACGCGGCUGCCAUCAAGGAACGAGUCUUCGCAGUGCUACGCUCCUGACAAGAUACGAGAUAAAUUGGACGUGUUAGAGAGUGAAGAUUGCUACUAUGGUGAUGGACGCGGCUACCGUGGUAACAAAAGCGUCACAGCAUCUGGGUUUUCAUGUCAGUCGUGGAAUUCUCAAUGUCCCCACAAACACGAUAUUCAUGGACAUGUUUACCAAGCGAUAAAUGACAGUAGAAAUUUCUGUCGCAAUCCAGAAGGACUUGCCAAAGGUGGGCCGUGGUGUUUCACAACCAACAGGACCGUGCGAUGGGAGUUUUGUAAUGUGCCUAAAUGCCCCAAACGACCACCUUCAAGCCCACCAGUUGACUUUCAUGGUCACAACGUGAGUUCAACAAGCAUUUAUGUUAGAUGGGGAGAUGUUCCAAAGCCCUCUGCAAAUGGGAUACUUCUUGGAUAUUACGCCACCUGUAAGGCUGUAAAAUCCUCGGAGAAUUAUUCCGCGGAGUUCUUGCCUGAAGAACAUCGCUGGGAACUGAAAGGUCUCAAAACCUUUGCUAAUUAUAGAUGCUGGAUAAGAGCGUACAACAAUUACGGAAAUGGCAGUUGGAGUGAGGGAUUGGUCAUUUCAACCGAUGAAGCUGUACCUACAGCUCCCCCAGAUCAUCUAAGAGCCAGGAAUCUUAGUUCUACCAGUCUUCAGGUCCAGUGGGACCCAAUCCCUCUUGGGUCUCGGCAUGGAAAAGUACUUCAAUAUAAAGUGAAAGUACACCAAUAUGGGCUGGCAGGACGGCGACACCUUAUUACAAGAAAAACAAAGGAAAGGUCACUCACACUUUACAAACUUAAGAAAUACAUGAAGUAUGUGAUUGUAGUGUCGGGGAUGACAAGAAAAGGUGAUGGACCCGCUGUUGAGUCUGUAGUGCAAACUGAUGAAGAUGUACCAGAUCGCCCUCCAUCAGACAUAACCGUUUUAAGCGUGAGCACUAAUGUGGUUAAAGUCAUAUGGGGCCCAGUUCUUCAGGAAUAUACCAAUGGAGAAAUACGUGGAUACAGAGUACUCUACAACGAUACGUCAGUUUCCAAAAAUGCAUCAGUUUCAUCCAAUCAAACAUCUGUAGAGGUCUAUGGACUAAAAGCGAACACGAAGUACAGUUUCCAUGUCCUUGCAUUUACAGCAAAAGGUGAUGGAGCCAAAAGUGCGGCGUUCUCGGCCAAAACUUUGUCAGAGAAACCCACCACUGGCCCAAGCUCCAGACUAUCACAUGGUUCAAACGUGGAUAUCAUUGUGAGUGCUGUGUUUUCUGGAUCCAUUGCUUUUGGAGCAGUUUUUGUAUUGGUGUACUUUUUCCGAAAGAGGAGGAUGGCAGCAUUAACUAACGACAGUGAACACGGUAUCGGUUGUCAAGUGACACCUUAUGCUGUCUCCUCCGUAAAUUGGUUAGAAAACGUCAGCAACACCCAGGUACAUGGAUAUGAGACGAUAGAUGACGAUAACGUCCCUUGCAGAAAUGGCCAACCACGUUACAUCAACAUCAAUCCUGAUGGCUCCCUCAACCUUCCACCACACUUACGGGAAAUUGUUAUCCACUUCGAGAAACUCUACGAGAACACAAGCUACAAGCAGCUACGACGGUUUGGAAGGCGACGAUCACUUGGAGGAGCAGAGGAUCAGAGUGGAAACCCCAUGUACGACAAGCUUCAACGAGAGAUUUCCUUAACUUCCUCAGACCAGGGUGGAGGUUGCAGACAACAGGUGCAGGCCAUAUUACAUGUAACUCCGGCAAAGCAACACAGGGAAAAGCAUUCGAUAGAUUUGGGUGAGUUACGUCGUGUUGCUAAGGAUCUUCAAAGUGACAUGGAGGUGACAGAAGUGGUUUCGAAUAAAAGCCAAAAGCGACGGCGCCGUUUCUCUGUAGAUCUGGGUGAGGUACGAGGGUUCAUUGCUCUCACAGAGAUCUGCAGCUCCGCUGAAGAACGGCAUGACGCUUCACCUUACCUCCCGAAAAUAGAACUAACAAACGGCAAGGAAGCGCUGUGUUAGCUGUUUGAAACUGGGCAGACAAUCUCACUAAGUCACAAAGAUCACUUUCUGUAAGACAAACUUCUCCAAAUUGGCGACUGAAAAAUUUAAAAAAAGGCAGAAAAAACAAUGUUAUCAAGCUGGGGUGCAAAAACAAUUCCUAUGCGUUUAAACCUGAGUGUUUGCGGUCUCAGUUUAGCACCAAACCUGUCUAUUUUUUUGUCGUGGUAAAGUCGCCUAGCCGUUUUAAGUACACGGGCUAAAAAAAUUUUUUUUCUUUCCUUCAUUACAACACAACUUUCGCUUCAUGUUAGCAUUGGCGUGAUAUUUUUAAUAGUCUAUGUUUCAAACUUUUCUUCAAGAUAAAUCUUCAAUUUCAGUCGCCAUUUGGGUAAAGUAUCGUAGUCGGCAAUGUUUAAAGUGAAAAAUGAGGCGCAGUUCAAGGGGUUUAUAAAUAGGAUUGUAAGUAAUUAGCAACUUACUGUAAGAGGAUAAUGCAUUGCACGUAAGUGACUUGUACAGUUUGAAUCCUGAGUCAGUUUGUUGUUACAUUGAUUCGUACCUACUUGACCGAAGCCAUGCUUUAGAAAUUAUCCCGCGGUUGCAGAAAGUCACAACUGCAUUCCGGGGUUUUCGAUUUUUGAGUGUUUAGCGGUGGUUUUCAGAGUUAAGAGUUGGUGGUUGGAUGCCACGGUAGGAAAAAAAAUGCAUGUAUACUCUCCUUUUCGAGGAGAACGGGAAAAUCGAGAGCAUUUAGAGAAAAUUUCACUUUGGUAAGUGAAAAUGACUUCUUAGAAGGAAGUCUAUUCAUAAGCUAUUCUGUAGGAGAAACAUUUUACUUUUCUCGCAGUAAGUUACAGUUUUCAUAUCACACGGGUUAUUUCACGAAAAGCAAACGGUUCAGAAAGCUAAGUAGGCUGUUUCUUAGUCGGCAGCUGGCUCUUAGUAAAAACCCUGAGUAUUCAUCUGCACUCAUAUGAUUGCGAUUUUGUUCCUAUGUGCAGUUGAUUGCCGGAAUGCGUAAUUAACGACUGUCUGUUAGCCUUUCGUAGUCAACACUUGUAUUAAUUUUUGCUGAUUUAAAGGAAUAUUAGGCUUGGUAAAAAAAGUUUGAUUGCACGAAAUAUUUAUGCAAAUGUAUUUAUUCCAUAAAAACUAAUAAUCAACCGAACUUACGUGAAGCGCGAUUAGCGGGCACGCGCUUUGAAACUUCGUAAGCAAGUUACGCGCACGAUUUUCGUGUGUGCGAGUCUUAGUUUAGAGUAUUUGAGUCGCAAUUUUCGAGGUUGUUGGUUUUAUUUCUGAGUUACUGUGUUACCGUUUCACCGUUUUCACUGGAAUUAAUGUGCCUGCUUUUAGCGAGAUUUCCGUUUCCGCUUCCGAACACAACCUCUUAACAAAGGUGACGUGUUUAUUAUUUAACAGACUUGUUUUUCGGUUAGAACCAAAAUCAUUGUCAUUGAAAGAGAAGCAUGCUCCUUAAACCAUAGAAAUGUUAUCUUUGCCAUUUAAAAGAACAUAUUAAACUUUUAUCUUCAUAGUG